AUGUCUAUUGAAAACCUAAAAUCUUUCGAUCCAUUUGCUGACACCGGUGACGACGAAACUACAACUGCUAACUACAUUCAUAUCCGUAUCCAACAGAGAAAUGGUAGAAAGACGCUAACCACAGUUCAAGGUGUCCCAGAAGAAUAUGAUUUAAAGCGUAUCCUCAAAGUCCUGAAGAAAGACUUUGCAUGCAACGGCAACAUCGUCAAGGACUCCGAUAUGGGCGAAAUUAUCCAGCUGCAGGGCGACCAAAGGGCCAAAGUGUGCGAAUUCUUGACCACCCAGCUGGGCAUGCAAAAGAAAAACAUCAAGAUUCACGGUUUUUAA